UGCUUUUGUGUAUAUACGCACACGUCAUAGUUAUACAUUAAUACAAAUUUGAACGUUUCUAAAACAUUUUAUUAUCCAUAAGUCUUUGAAGGAGUGCUGAAACAAGUACCUAAACUUCAACUUUAAUAUGUUUCCGGAGAGGUUGUUCAAUAACCAGUAUAAAUGUUUUUCUGUGUCAAUGUUGCCGGGUACAUAUCGAAGAGAUGUAGAACGCGGAGGAAAAAUAAUUAUGCCACCUUCAGCUUUAGAACAUCUUACAAGAUUGAAUAUUAGAUUUCCCAUGUUAUUUAGAUUAACUAAUGAGAAGACGAAUAGAGUUACUCAUUGUGGUGUUCUGGAAUUUGUUGCAGAUGAAGGAAAAGUUUAUUUACCUUGUUGGAUGAUGUAUAAUCUUUUAUCACAAGAAGGAGAAUUAAUAACUAUUGAAAGUGCCAAUUUACCAGUUGCAACAUUUUCACGAUUUCAACCACAAUCUGAAGAUUUUCUAGAUAUUACAAAUCCUAAAGCUGUAUUAGAAAAUGGAUUAAGACAUUUUGCUUGUCUUACAACAGGUGAUAUCAUUGCUAUAAAAUACAAUGGAAGAGUAUAUGAAAUGUGUGUGUUGGAAACACAACCAGGCCCAGCAGUUGCUAUCAUAGAAUGUGAUAUGAAUGUUGAAUUUGCUCCACCACUGGAUUAUAUAGAAGAAGAAACUACAAAGGAUGACAAUGUAGUUGAUCCCGUAGAUUUAAUGCCAGCACCAUCUGGUUUUGUACCAUUCAAAGGACAGGGUAACAGGUUAAAUGGCAAAAAUCGUAGAGACUUUGCAACACUUGAAAUAACUGCAAGCAAACCAAUUUAUAUUAGAGGAAUACCAGAUUAUGAUUACAAAUUGGGAACUCUCACAUUCUUGCGCAUUGCUAAACCUGCUAAUAAUAAAGAGGUAAAAGAUCAAGAUGAAUUUAAAGCAUUCACUGGUGAAGGUUUUUCUCUUAGGGAGCCAAAAGUAAUUGAAUAA